AUGACGGAUAAGAGAGAGCCGAAACGGUUGAAAAAUCUUCUUUCAUGGUUUGUGAGGGAUCAAAGUAGUGGGAGUGGAAGUGGGAGAAAUGAGAUUAGAAGUGAGGUUGGGAGUAGAAAUGAAAAUGUUGGUUCAGUGAAUAAUAUUCUUUUAGAGUCUUCUCCAUCUAGUCCACUAGAAGAGUCUCCAUCUUUUCCAUUAGAAGAUGAUCAUAAUGAUAGAAUUGGGGAGCAAAACAAUAUUGAUUUCACUUCUCUUCAACGUGACCCAGGAUUAAGACAACCAAUAGGCCAAUAUCCUUUCAAAUUUCGUGAUAAUGUUCAGAGAGCUUAUGUUGUCUUAGGACCAUAUCAACCCUACUUAAGUAGUUAUCCAUCUUCUUGGAAUGGAGGGCAGGGUCGAAGAUUUUGUCACAAAUGGUUUAAAGAUUGGUCGUGGGUUGAGUAUUAUGUAGAGGUGGACAAAGCAUUUUGUUUUCUUUAUUUCCUAUUUGAUAGUUAUCCAUCCCACCAUCCGGCAUUCACUACGGAUGGGUUUAAUAGUUGGAAGAAUGUCAAUUCAAAGAAGUCAGGUCUUCUUAAGCAUGUGGGAGCCCUCAAUUCUCCACAUAAUGCUUGUAUGCGCCAAUGGGAAGUUCUAAGAAACCCGUAUAAGCACAUUGAGAGUGUGAUUAGUACUCAAUCAACACAUGAAAAAUUAGAUAAUCGACUUCGGCUUGUUGCUGCUAUAGAGAGUGCAAGGUUGUUGGCACAUCAAGGAUAUGCUUUUAAAGGUCAUGAUGAGAGUAGUAAUUCAUCAAAUGGUGGCAAUUUCACUGCUGUACAAAAUGCUUUUGGGAGGAUGAAUUUAGAAGUAAAAAGAGUCUUGGAUAAUGCCCCUGGUAAUGCCAAGGAGAAAAUGGCUAUCAUUCUUCGCUUUGUUGAUUUUCAUGAGUUUAUUAGAGAACGAUUUUUCAAGGUUAUUUAUGUGGGAGACACUUGUUCUCAAACUUUGAAAAAUGAGAUAUCCAAGGUGCUUGCUCAAUAUGAUCUUCAAGUAGAAAAUAUGAGGGGUCAAGGAUAUGAUGGUGCUAGUAACAUGCGAGGGGCUACUCGUUGGGGUUCACAUUUUCGCUCUAUUUCAAAUUUGAUAAAAUUGUUUGAAGCCACCCAGAAAACUCUUGCAGAUUUGGUAAUUAAUGGACUUCCCAAAAUACAAGGAGAAGCAAAGAGUUCAUUGCAAAAAAAGGCCAUGGACAUCUUAAAUGCUCUAAGAGUUCUUUCUAUUGCAAAACAAAAGCUUCAAGCCAUGAGAGAUAAUGGUUGGGAUGAUUUGAUUUUGAGAAUAACAUCAUUUUGUUGUGAGCAUAAUAUCAUUGUUCCAGAUUUGUCUACUCCUUACAAGAAAGAGUUGGAGAGUAGAUUCCCAGAUCAGUCGUUGGAGUUCCUUACUCUUAGUUCUAUAUUUGAUUCGCAUGAUAAUUUUCAGGCAUUCAAGUCUGAAGAUGUUUGCUCUCUUGAUUUGAGAUUUUACCCUAUGGAUUUUUCUGCAGUAUCUACAGUAACUACUGAAAGAGCAUUUUCAUCUAUGAAUAUUUUGAAAACUAUACUUCGAAAUAGGAUGGAAGAUGACUUUUUUGAUGAUUUGAUGGUUCUCUAUAUUGAGAAAGAGUUUGUUGAUAGUGUUCACAAUGAUUAUGUAAUUCAGGAGUUUACAAAGUUAGGACCUCGGAGGGUAUCAUUCGGUUUUGAUUUUAUGUCCCUCCUGUUGUAUUUUUGA